AUGGCGGCCCCUGCAAACGCGAACGAAACGUUGUCUAUUCCCGAGAUGCCGCUUUCCCCCCACAAAAUUAGGGACACUACCAUCGAACACUCUGAAAAGGAAAAAAUGUUCUCCCUGUCGGUACUUCGUCAAUCCGCGAACUUGCCUACUCGCCCUGAUUGUUCCUCGACUGAUUCGAUGUCGCGACGCAAAAAGCUCGUGUUCGAAAGUCCCCGGUUAGAACAAGAUGAUGGUGAUAUUUUUCCAUCUUCCCAGGGAACCGCAACGCAAUGGCACAACGCCGAUGAACGCUAUCGCUAUAUUUCACAACAGGCUGGUACGCAGAUACAAAACGAUGUCUGGCAAGUACCACCGCGGUUGCUGCAGCACUCCGACCCGCAAGUCCUACAACGUGGCAUGCCACAGCACGUGGCCUCCCGGAUACGGACCUUGUACCUUUGUGCACCGAACUCUGCCAUCCCCAACGACUCGCUGUUAACGUGGCUGGAUACGGUGCAAACUGUCUUCGUGAAUUUGGACCACUUACACGUUGGACAGGCGACAGAUGCCGCGAUCAAGGAGGACAGCGGGAUGCUGAAUGUGGAUGCGACUAAUCUGGACAAUGAAGAACGUAUGAGACGGAGCACACUGACGACGAAGCAACGCUCCCAACUUCGUCGACUAUACAUCCUAUGUCACAUGCCUUGCUUAAAGUCUAUUGAUGGCGUCAGUGUUACGUUUACGGAACGAGUUCUGAGUAGACCGGCUGGUGCACCGAGGUCCGAGUUGUCGAUAAAAUCACUGGAAACCUCGAAUGAGCUCAAUUUGAAUAUGAGCUUGUUCGAUGGUCAGGACGAACUCGACGAGGAACAGGACACACCUUUCCUCAAGGAGCAAGGAAUCGAAGCCAGUCUAAGUGGUGUUAAAUCGCAAGUUGGCUGCUCUCCAACAAGUUUGGGUUUGAAUUUUAAGAAAAACGUCUUGGACAACCUCGACCGCGAAUCGCUCCGGGACCGUAUGGAGUACGCGUCCUUAUCCACAAACGUUGUAGCUUGUGAAUGGAGUGCAGCCUGUGGAACACUUUCACUACUGCGACGUUUCAAUGUGGCAACAGCCGAUUCAAAGAAAAAGUCUAAACUGAAAUUGGCCUUUCGGAAUCAUUCCAGCAAAACGUCUGGAACUGGCCCGACUACUGAUUCUGAGGAGCGAUCACAGGAUCCGACGGCAGGUGCAGACACCCCUUUCAUCAAACAAUUGUCGACAAGUUCCUGUCCAGAGCUCGUUGCGACGGAUAGCGAAGCCAAAGGUUCAUUAAUGCCGCACCUCUUAACCGGAAAUAUCUCUGGAAAAAUCCACUUGCGACCGCGAGAUCGAUCGUUCUCUGCCGAGCUUCCUCAACGGACAUCUACCGAUGACCCAGACAAUACAAUAAAGUUGGGCAGGCCAGUGCAAGUAGCUGUUUUCGAGACAAUGACGACGUCUCCAAAUCCGAGUCCCCCGAUGUUAGCUGGUCACAAUACCCAGGCUUCGCCACGGUGUCUUGAAUCGUCCUCUAAAGUGGAAAGUCUCUCGCCAAUUAAGCCUACUUUGUCACUUCUAGAGAAAGGCAUGCAAAAUUGCAAUUCACAACUAAAUGGUGGGCAGAUUGCAAUAGUCGAUUUGCCUCAUCACGAUGCUACGCCGCAUCGCUCAUUCGAGGCUUCGACGGAAAUGCAUCUUUCGAUGCAUUUGAAUGCAACCAUGAAUAUUGAGGUGAAGAAAGUAAACGCUUCUUCACCCACUCGUCAAACCAAAUCUUCAAAUGUCACGACUUGUAGUCUCCCCAAGGCGCCGACUUCUCCGAAUCCGGAAUCAUUCCGGGUCUUUCGAAAAACUAGUCCGUCGCUAUCCAAACAGUCAGCGGCCUCUACCAAUGACAUCGAGCUCGAACUAGAGCAGUACAAGCAAAGUGUUCUCCCACCUCCUCCUCCACCACCAAAACGACAGGUAUCACCGCACAAUAUGGAGACAAUCGAGUCUGCAAUUACGUUGACCAGAGUUCAGUCCUUGCCGCUUGCUCUGGAUCGACGUAAAAUGCCUCCAAACCGCGGCGACUUGCCACCACCUUGUCCCGGAAAACGUCGAAUCUUGGUUGCUCCUUCGCAAACAGGCCGAUCCCUCCGGCGGAAAGAACCGCGUCAGGUUAGGUUGGACGCACGGACCACAUCUAUUAUUGUCGAAAGUGAUGAAGAAGACGACUCUUCCGACGAAGAGGUGGACGAUUCCUCUGAGGACGAGGAAGGAAGACCUGCUACGCAAAAUGUGACUCGAAGGCGAGCGGUAGAAAUUCAAUGA